AUGGCGCUUCCGACCAAAUACCAAAAUGGCAGCAUUGACUCCUCUGCCAAGGGGGUGUACAGAGCGUCGCCCGUCAAGCUCAUGAUCUACGGAAAUGGAACCAGCAACCAGCUUUCGGAUGUCAUUGCCGAACUCGGUGCUACUAAAGCCUUCAUCAUCACCGGGCGAUCGUUGUACGAGAAGACGCCUGUGAUCAAGAACAUUGAGAAAGCACUUGGUUCUGCACAUGGUGGUACAUUCAGCAAGAUUGGACAGCAUGCGCCAAUCGGGGAUAUCAAAGAAGCCACAGCCUUGAUGGCGAAGUCAGGAUGCGAUGUUCUCAUCUCAAUAGGUGGCGGAUCGCCUAUCGAUUCGGCUAAAGCGAUCGCGUACAAUAUCCAUGAGGAGACCGGAAAGUGGAUACCAAGUAUCGCCGUACCAACAACGCUCAGUGUAGCAGAGACGACACAGAAUGCUGGCUUCACCACCGAGGAAAAGCACAAGAUCGCUGUGAGCGAUCCUGAACUUGUACCCAAGGCUGUUGUAUACGAUGGCGAACUUGCCAUAUACACACCUUUGAACCUAUGGACAAGCACAGGAAUUCGAUCAUUGGACCACGCAGUUGAGCUGAUGUACCACCCUCUCGCUGCUGAGAUUCCCACGAAACGCAUGUCUCUGGAGGCUAUCAAAGAUCUGUUCACGUACUUGCCGCAGUCGAAAGCCGACCCCGACAACGCGGAAGUGCGAACAAAGCUCUUCGUUGCGUGUUAUUCCUCACUUUUCCCUUUUCUAUACACCGGUGGAGUCGGUCUCAGCCACAGCAUAGGUCAUGCGAUAGGUGCUACCUAUAGCAUUCCGCAUGGUAUUACCAGCUGUCUCAGUCUAGCGCCGACAGUACACUUCAAGGCUAGCAACCCAGAGGAGGCAAAGCAGAUCGCGAGGAUCAUUCCUUACAUUGGGAAGCAAAGUACAGGCAGCGAUGAGAAGGACUCGCAUCUCGUUGCCGACGCUAUCGCCAGACUUGUUGAAGAGCUAGGGCACAAGACCACUUUGACAGCUUACAAUGUGCCGACCGGCGAUGCAGAAGAGGAAGCCAUCGCGUCACGUGCGCUACACAGUAAAGACCACAAGGAUUUUGCGAAUUUGAAGCGAAUCGUCCACGACUUGUACUAA